CUCAUCCUUCACCCUGUCCUCUUCCCCCUCCCGGGGUUUCCCCGUCCUUGUCCUCGCUGCAGCCGGAAGGAAGGACUUACAGUCAGACUGUUGUGGGAAAGGCCACGGGGACGCCACUUCUCUCUUUCGAGGUCUUCUCUCCCAGCCCUGUCCCCAGGGUCUCCAGAACCCCGCGCCCAGCCACGACAGGUGAAGGGACCAGGGCUCCUUGGCCGGCCCCGCUCAGCUCUCCGCCGGCUCCACAAACCGGCCAGGGAGUCAGCCCGCGCAAGGGGAAGUGGAGGCUUUGACCGGGCGGGGGCUGUGCUUCCCCCUCGGCUGGGACCUGUGUCCCCUGGCUCCCCGAGGAGCUCCCUGCCCCAGCUCCUGACAGCACAGCCCGUGGACUCAUGGUCUCAGGACUUGUGGCGUUCGCCCUCUGGUUGGGCGGCUUACCCUGCAGUGGGAGAGAAGCAGCGCCCCCCCAGCCCAGGGUGAGGUGCUGGGCCUCUAGGUACCCAGUCGCCGUGGAUUGCUCCUGGACCCUGCCGCCCGCUCUGCACUCUGCCACGCCCGCGUCCUUCAUUGCCACGUACAGGCUUGGCGUGGCUGCCCACGGGGAGAGCAGGCCCUGCCUCCAGCUGACCCCUGAGGCCACCAGCUGCAUCAUCCCGGACGUCCAGAUGUUCUCCAUGGUGCCUUAUAUACUCAACGUCACGACGGUUCAGCCCUGGCCCAGCAGCAGCUUUGUGCCCUUCGUUCCAGAGCGUAUCAUUAAACCGGACCCUCCAGAAGGCGUCCGCCUGAGCCCCCUCCCUGGGCAGCGGCUGUGGGUGCAGUGGGAACCCCCCCGGUCCUGGCCCUUCCCGGAGAUCUUCGCACUCAAGUACAGAAUCCGAUAUAAGCAUCACAGAUCGCCCCGCUUCCGCCAGGUAGGGCCUAUUGAAGCCACAUCCUUCACCCUUAGGGUUGUGAGACCCCAAGCCAGGUACUGCAUCCAGGUGGCUGCUCAGGACCUUACCGACUACGGGGAAAUGAGUGACUGGAGUCUCCCUGCUGCUGCCUCCAAGCCCAUGGGCAAAUAGUGGGGCUUCCCAGCCCCCACCCCACCCAGAAGAGGGGCCUUGACGUCCGCCCCCCACUGCAACCCACUCAAGGACGGAAGGGACCCAACCGGCCUGGGUUCGCUGCUGCCGGGUUGCUGGGAAACUUUCAACAAAUGACUUUGCCUUUCUGAGCCUCAGUUUGUCAAUCUGUGCAAUGGGGAUGUACUUCUUCCUUAGACCGCAGUGCAGGGCCCUGGGAACUGUGAACCUGAGAUGUUUUUUAUUGUUUAACUAAAAAAAGAUUGUUUCUGGAGUCAGGACUCCUCCUUUCAUUUUUAAAAAAAGAUUUUAUUAUUGGGGCACCUGGAU